AUGACAGUCUCUACUCCGAUAGUGGCUGGGACUUCUUACUAUACAUUGAAAGCUUCUGACAAGCAAUCAUUUGAUUUAGCGGUUAAAUUUUAUCAAGAAAUUGUUGGUUUACAAGUUAAAAAUACUGAAGAUGAUCAAUUAUUUUUACAUUCUGGUCAAGAAUUCCCAUUGAAUAGUGUUACUAUUGAAUUGAAAUUAGAUAAUCAAUUUAAACAACCUGAACGUAAAGAAUUAAAAGAUGAAAAAUUAACCCAAGAUUGGAGAUCUUUAAGAUCAAAUGUUGUUUUUAAAACUGAUUCAAUUGAAUUAUUAUAUGAAAAUUUGAAAAAUCAUCCAAAUGUUCAAGUUCAAGCUUAUCCAUCAAAUUUAGCUCCAACUGAAGUUUAUGCCUUAGAUCCAAUUGGUAAUUUAAUUGGGUUUACAUCAUUAAAACAUCCAUUAUCAACUGUUCCACCAAAAUAUAAAAAAAUUGAUCCUGAAUUGCUUACUGCUCCAACAACAUCUGCUGAAUUAGAAACAACCGGUUCAUUUGAACAACGUCGUAACAUUGCAGUCAUGACAUCAGGUGGUGAUGCUCCAGGUAUGAAUGCUUGUGUUCGUGCUGUGGUUCGUGCUGCCAUUUAUAGAGGUUGUAAAGCUUAUGCAGUUUAUGAAGGUUAUGAAGGUCUUGUUAAAGGUGGUCCAAAAUAUAUAAGAGAAAUGGAUUGGCAAAGUGUUAGAGGUUGGUUAAGUGAAGGUGGUACUAAUAUUGGUACUGCUCGUUGUAAAGAAUUUAGAGAACGUGAAGGUCGUUUAUUAGGUGCUCAACAUUUAAUUGAAGCUGGUAUUGAUGCUUUAAUUGUUUGUGGUGGUGAUGGUUCUUUAACUGGUGCUGAUUUAUUUAGACAAGAAUGGCCAUCAUUAAUUCAAGAAUUAUUUGAUACAAAUAGAAUUACAAAGGAAAAAUUUGAUAAACAUAAACAUUUAAAUAUUUGUGGUACUGUUGGUUCAAUUGAUAAUGAUAUGUCAAGUACUGAUUCUACAAUUGGUGCUUAUUCUUCAUUAGCAAGAAUUUGUCAAGCUAUUGAUUAUAUUGAUGCUACUGCUAAUUCCCAUUCAAGAGCUUUUGUUGUUGAAGUUAUGGGUAGACAUUGUGGUUGGUUAGCUUUAAUGGCUGGUAUUGCAACAAGUGCAGAUUAUAUUUUAAUUCCAGAAAAACCUGCACAUUCCAAAGAAUGGGAAGAUCAAAUGUGUGAUAUUGUGGAAAAACAUAGAUCAAGAGGUAAACGUAAAACUAUUGUUAUUGUUGCUGAAGGUGCAAUUGCUGCAGAUUUAACUCCAAUCACUUCAAAAGAUGUUUUGAAAGUUCUUGUUGAUAGAUUAGGUUUAGAUACAAGAAUUACUACAUUAGGUCAUGUUCAAAGAGGUGGUACCGCAGUGGCACAUGAUCGUAUGUUGGCAACAUUACAAGGUGUUGAAGCUGUUAAAGCCGUAUUGGAAAGUACACCAGAAACUCCAUCACCAAUGAUUGGUAUAAUUGAAAAUAAAAUUUGUAGAAGACCAUUAAUGGAAGCUGUUAAAUUAACAAAACAAGUUGCAGAAGCUAUUGAAGCAAAAGAUUUUAAAAAAGCUAUUGGAUUACGUGAUAGUGAAUUUGUUGAACAUUUACAAAAUUUUAUUUCAAUGAAUUCUGCAGAUCAUAAUGAACCUGAUUUACCAAAAGACAAGAGAUUAAAAAUUGGUAUUAUUAAUGUUGGUGCCCCAGCUGGUGGUAUGAAUAGUGCAGUUUAUGCAAUGGCUACAUAUUGUAUGUCAAGAGGUCAUACACCUUAUGCAAUUCAUAAUGGGUUUACUGGGUUAGCAAGACAUGAAUCUGUUAGAUCAAUAAAUUGGUUAGAUAUUGAAGGAUGGGCAUCAAGAGGUGGUUCUGAUAUUGGUACAAAUAGAUCUACUCCAGAAGAAGCUGAUAUUGGUCUUGUUGCUUAUUAUUUAGAAAAAUAUCAAUUUGAUGGGUUAGUUAUUGUUGGUGGAUUUGAAGCUUUUGUUUCAUUAAAUCAAUUAGAAAGAGCAAGAAAUGAUUAUCCAGCUUUUAGAAUUCCAUUAGUUUUAGUUCCUGCAACAAUUUCAAAUAAUGUUCCAGGUACUGAAUAUUCAUUAGGUGCUGAUACAUGUUUAAAUUCAUUAAUGGAAUAUUGUGAUAUUGUUAAACAAAGUGCUUCAUCAACAAGAGGUCGUACAUUUGUUGUUGAAGUUCAAGGUGGUAAUUCAGGUUAUAUUGCAACAUUUGCACAAUUAAUUUGUGGUGCUCAAGCUUCAUAUGUUCCAGAAGAAGGUAUUUCAUUAGAACAAUUAGAUUUAGAUAUAAGUUCAUUAAAACAAUCAUUUACUAUAAGUGAAGGUGCUGCAAAAUCUGGUAAAUUAAUUUUAAAAUCUGCAAAUGCAUCAAAAGUUUUAACAACAGAAGUUAUUGCAGAUAUAAUAACAGAUGAAGCACAAGGUAGAUUUGAUGCUAAAACAGCAAUUCCAGGUCAUGUUCAACAAGGUGCAUUACCUUCACCAAUUGAUCGUACAAGAGCUGCAAGAUUAGCUGUAAAAGCUAUUCAAUUUAUUGAAGAUAAACAAGAAUUCACCCAACCAAUACAUUAUUCAGAAUCAUUUGAUCCAAAUGAUACAGAAAUUAGUGAUACAGCAGCAAUCUUGGGUGUUAAAAGAUCACACUUAAGAUUCUCACCAAUUCGUCAAGUUUAUGAUUUUGAAACUUCAUUACAUACAAGAAUGCCAAAAAUUGUUCAUUGGGAACCUGUUAGAGAUGUUGCUGAUGCACUUGUUGGUAGAACUAAAGUUACUAAAAAGUAG